AUGGGCGUACCAAGCAAUCCAUCAGCAUCAACAGGAACAGUAGCUAAAUGGGAUUCUCGGUUCGCUGGUCAUGUUCCACAUAAUUCAUCCUAUUAUUCAAAAUGUAUUCUUGGUGGUAUUCUUGCGUGUGGUCUUACGCACACAGCUAUUUGUCCACUCGAUGUUACAAAAUGUAAUAUGCAAGUCAAUCCGGAUAAAUACAAAGGUUUAGUCAAAGGUCUCCGAUUGAUUAUUGCUGAAGAAGGAAGUCAAGCUAUAUGGAAAGGUUGGUUACCAACAUUUUUUGGUUAUUCAGCACAAGGAGCACUCAAAUAUGGUCUCUACGAGGUGUUCAAAGAUCAAUAUGCUAAUAUGCUUGGUAAAGAUAAUUUCGAAAAAUACAAAGGUUUGGUUUGGUGUGCAGCAUCAGCAUCAGCUGAAUUCUUUGCUGAUCUCGCUUUAUGCCCAUUUGAAAUGGUUAAGGUCAAAGUACAAACAGCACCGCAUGGCACAUUUCCAGUAGCUUUUGGUCAAGCUUGGUCGCAAAUGAAUGCUCAACGAGUAGAAACUGGCUUUCCAUACCGAUCAAUUAUACCAUUAUGGUCACGACAAGUACCUUAUACAGUAGCAAAAUUUUUCUUCUUCGAAAAAAUCGUACAAUUAUUCUAUACACAUAUUUUUACACAACCAAAAGAUUCAUAUUCAAAAACAACACAACUCGGUGUUACAUUUGCUUCCGGUUAUUCAGCUGGUGUUAUUUGUGCUAUUGUUUCACAUCCGGCUGAUUCAGUUGUAUCUCUUCUUGGUAAACCUGCAAAUAAAGGCAAAAGUUUAGGACAAAUUAUUAAUGAAACUGGUUUUGUUAAACUAGCAACCAAGGGUCUUGGCACUCGUAUAAUUAUGAUUGGUACAUUGACUGGUCUUCAAUGGUGGAUUUAUGAUACGUUCAAAACAGCUUUGGGCAUGGGAACAACUGGUGGCAAAUAA